GUUGCUACUGGUAGGCAAAAAGAAAAAAAGAAAAAGAAGCGAACUUCUGUGAAGGAGUUAAAGUGUGUCAGCAAGUUUGCGGAAGCUGAAGAUGGCCCUCCUCCUCCACCACCACCAAAUGAUCUCCUUCUGAACUUAACGCGUCCUGGAGGGGUUGCCUUUAAAAGCUGAAGAGCGGAACGGUGACACACGGUCAGCGGCUCCGCGUCUGAUACACUUUAACGUCCACUGAGAAGUGUUUAUCUGAGGACACAUCACCGACCAUGAGCUCCUCACGCGGCGUGGGACUUUAUUUGACGCUUUUACUCGCUCUUCUGUGCGAUGCAUCGGAAGACUCUCCUGUCCAAAGGGACAUUACUGACACGCUGGCUGAUGAAGAUGGCCUUCAGCGAGAGUUGCCAUUUACCCCUGAGGAGCUGGACUUUUUGAUGAUGCAGAGACCAAUCAUCCCUGACCUUUCCAAAGUGUUGGCUGCAGGCUCUUCAGACAUGACCCGGAGAAAAGUCACAGAGGUUCACCCUGAGAAUGGCCCAAUAGUGUUUGACCCUCGCUCCAUGGGACCCAGGAUGAUGGUUCCAGAGGUUGAUUUCCCCCCAGCCUUUCCAGGCAACCUGCAAGAUAUCUGUCAGUUCAGUAAAGCUCCGCUCCGGUACCCUAAGAACAUGUUUCCUCAGAAUGGCUUUGGCCGUGAGCAUCGUCAGGCUGAUGCUAUCAAUCAACUCCAGUCCUGGUACAGUGUCUGCUGUGGCAUUGAUGGAACACCAGAAGAGCAAAUCUGUUGUGCUGAACAAGCGUGGACGAAGAGUCUGUCUGCCUACUGUACUCUGGAAUUCUCUAUUAAGACCAGUCACUACUUCUGCUGCAAGAAGAGCGGGAAGGCCAGAUGGAGCUGUUUUGAUAAAGAGGCUUCAGAUUCUUCAUAUCACGUCUCCUCCGAGGUCUCAAAUGGCAACACUCCACAAAAGAUUCCAGGCUUCAAAUAUAACUCCAGCGAUUGCAACGGCUCAUUGGUGGCUUCUCCAAAUGCACUUACGAGGCAGUCGGAAGUUCCAUACAUCAGCUUUCCACCUGGCCGUCCCGAUUCCUCCAACAUAGGACAUAUCUGCACUCAUCACAAGAUCCGACCACGAAACAUGCACAAGUGUCUUCCUGGCAUUAGGAACGGCUGGCUGGUCCGUCAAUCGAAGGCCAUCAAUGUCCUCGAGAAAGAAUACAGCCAGUGCUGUAAGGAGAAAAAGAGCGAACAACGCUGUGCUGAAAAGAAGUGGAAGAAGAUGGUUGAUAAGUUUUGUAAAGAUGAGAAGAAAGCCAAAGGAUGGCAGUUUGAGUGUUGUGGAAAGAAGAAGGGAGAAAAGCAGUACUCCUGUUUUGCAGCCUCUGCUCCAGAUCCAGAAUAUAGAUCCACUGAUGGAGAGCUCGGCCCUUCUGCUGCUCCUCUAACCCUCGACAUAUUAUGCCUUACACAUACGGCUAUCCAGAGCAUGUGAGACCCUCUUCAUUUA